CCGGAGAAAAAGGGUGCGGAGCGGCAACCUGUGCCGCGGCGGCGCUGCGCCCCAGGAGGAGAGGCAGGGACCCUGGGGCCCCGGGAAGGACGGCCGUGUGGGCUCUGCACGCGCCCCCGCCUCUCCGCAGGGAAGGGGCGAGGCGGACUUUUCUGGCCCCUGCCCGCCCCUCCCUCUUUCUCUCCCCGGCCUUCCCCGGCACCCCACCCCAGGGGAGGGGCCCAGCCGGGGCGCGCCAGCCGCGGCCCACCAGCUGCCGUUGCCGUGGUGACAGCUCGGGCUAACGGGCCAGCGGAGCGAGCUGGAGGCAGCUGUUCCGGCCAGGAGGGACAAGGACGACGGCGUCCCUCCCGGGCCCUGAGUGUCGAGGGUGGGGGACGCGCAGAGGCCGGAGCGCACUGGAGGGAAGCGGCGACAGGUCAGCGUCAAGGUCACACAUCCAGACCCGCAGUCACAUCCACUGAGCUGCUUGUUCCUGGGGCUGGCACCUCUGAGCCCGAAGCCAACAGGCUCCUGCGGACAGGGGCUCACAGCCUGUGCCCCCAGUCUCAGCGGGGGGACUGCUGACCCCCUAGUUCUCGGGCUCGCACAUCCCUUCAUGUUGUCCUCAGACUCAGCCCUCCAGGACUCUAUGGUCUGUCACCUGGUGGAGGCUCCCCCACACCUCUCGUGGCUUACUGGAUUGGCUCCCUUUUCCUGGAAUCCCUAAGUCCUCAUUUCAGGUUCGGUGAAGGUCACAUGUACUGUGCACCUGGCUGUGACCCGGAUGUUACUGGGGCACCAUUCAGCAGUCAUCAGACAAAUAACCACCAACUGUGCAUCUGGACUAGGUGUACAGUGGCACAGUCUCUGCCCCUCUGCAUGAAUGCGCCAUCUAGUGAGACACGGACCUUGCACCCUGUUUCUGUGAUCCUUAGUGACGGCUUGCAGCACGGAGAAAUUAAGUGACUUGCCCAAGUCCAGAGUCUCUUAAGGGUCAGGUGGGAUCUAAACUGCAGCAUGGUGAAGGGGGCUCUGGGGCAUGUGUUCAGCAUCUCUGUAAGGCUGGCCAGUGAUAUUGCUGAACUUUCUCUGUAAAGUGCCAGAUAAUAAAUACUUUUCUCUGAGACUCACAGAGGCUCUGCCUGUCACAAUUCAACUUUGAGUGUGCUGCUGAAGCAGCCAUGGAUGAUAGUAAAUGAAUGGGCGUGGCUGUGUUCUAAUAAAACUUUAUUCCUAGGGCCUGGGGUACAGCUCAGUGACAGAGCAUUUGCGGAGCAUGGAUCCUCAGUACUGAAAUUUGAAUUUUAUAUACUUUGCACAAGUCGAGAAAUAAUAGUCAUUUUAUUGUUCCCAACCGUUUAAAAACCUACCUACAUUCUUAGCUCAAGGGCUGUGUAGAAACAGGCUUGGAGCUGGAUUUGGGCUGAGCAUGCAGCUACUGUUAGGGUAUCUGGGCUCUCCGUUCUCCCGCUUCCUGGCCUCCAUCAGUUCUCCUGUGAGGGGCAAAGUUAGGAGGGCCUCAGCAGACCUGGGGACCUUGGGGCAUCUGCCUGGACCCCUUCCUUGCUCUCUCUUUGCUCCCAGACACUCAUCUUGUGCCUGGGCCCUGACAAAGUCGCACAUCUUCCGGGGCCCCUGUGGUGGGCCUGUCUCUGCCUGUUGUGGUUUUAUAGGUGGUUCUCUUUGGAUUGUCCUGUACCUCCAAAACACUCCCCUACAUUGAGAGCACGGGAACGGGUUGUUGUAGACAAGUGCCAUGCCACUUUAUUCCGAACUUGAAGCCCUGUCUCAGGCGAGCGCCACGAAGGCGUAGCUCUUUGCUGACUGCACUGCAGUAUCUGCCGGGACAGUGCCUGGUGCCUGCUAGCGUCCAGUGGGCCUCGACAGCCACCUUGUUCUCCUGCGCCACAGAAGGGCUGUGUUUACUUUGCAGCUGUACGGCGGCCAAGCGUUUCCUGGUCGGACUCCACUCUCAUCCCAGCAGCCUCCCUUUAUGGAGAGGCACGCUCCCCUACCAAAGAGAAGACGAAACAGGCUCAGAGAGGCGCCUGACUCGUCAGCGCAUAUGAUGGGUGGGUGAGGUGAGACCAGGACUAGGACUUCUCUGCUUGGCUCUGUGUGUCCUUCAGCACCUGCAGACCUUGUGCAGUGUAUGGGUUGAGUUUGGUUUGGAGGAGUUUGGGAUUAGCGUCUUUGUCUCCCAAGCUGCAGUUACUCCUUUACCACCUCAAGGGUUGUGAAUUUUUCACCAGCCACAUAUCACUUGCAAUAUUUUUACUAUAAAUGGACUUUUUUAAAACUUGAAAUCACAUGAAAAGAGUAAACUUUAUGGCAGUAACAGGAAACCAGAUCACAUGUUGUAUGCAGAAGGCAAUUGGGAAAAUAAACACAAGGGGAACAGAGCCAUGUUAUUAACCUUGGGCUGGGUAGCGUUGUGUCCAAGCUGGGGUCUGCUUGUUUUGUUUCAAAGGAAGUGUGGGGUCAAGGGUGAGGGAUGAGACCAAACUGACACUUUCUCUUUCUUGCAAGAGAAAUAACUGAGAAAGACAAUGAACAUGGUCCCCUUGAUUUCAAAGUUCUGAGUUUGGGUCCCAACUGGGUUCAUCUCUGGGAUGAACACAGAACUCUUAACCUACCUGACUCUCUUGCCCAAGGGGAAAGCCAUCUAUCUGGAAGAAGAACAUGGGGAUGAGGGGGUGGGGCCAAAAGAGGGGGGGACUCCCCCUCCCCCUGAGGACCAGCUCAUGGCUUCCUGGCUGAUUCCCCCCGUUAGUAGGUGGUCAUAUGCAACUCCCCACCGUCACCAUUGGAGCGGAAUUGGAAGGUAGGGCUUCCGGGAGGGCGGGGGAGCCCAGUGACAGCCACGCUGUGCUUGUUAGCUAAUCAGGUCCUGUUGGGUUGGCUUCAUGGCUAUUUCUGUAUAGGAAGGUUUACGAUUCCCCUGAAGUGUGGCUGCAUUGGAUAGCAUGACUAUCUAUCCACCCGCUCUGAUUCAUAACAGCAUACGGUGCAAAUCAGAUCGAAAUGCUAAAGUUGCCCAUUCAUUCGGUGUUGGUUAACCAGAAGGCUACCAGCAGCCCUGAGAAUAGCAAUACCUUGUUAGCAAGUCAGCUCCCUCCUCAGGAUGUUGGAACCACUAAACGAGGGUUUUCUUUCUAGAAUCUCUGACCUGCUGCUGUGCAGAUGGACCUGCCGGCAUUGCUGUCAGAAGUGCUACGAGUCCAGCUGUUGCCAGUCCAGCGAGGAUGAAGUUGAAAUUCUGGGACCUUUCCCGGCCCAGACUCCUCCCUGGCUGAUAGCCAGCCGGAGCGGUGACAAGGACGGCGACUCUGUCCACACGGCCAGCGACGUCCCGCUCACUCCGCGGACCAGCUCCCCGGAUGGGAGGCGCUCAUCCUCAGACACAUCCAAGUCCACGUACAGCCUGACCCGGAGGAUUUCCAGUCUUGAGUCUCGACGGCCCAGCUCCCCGCUCAUCGAUAUCAAACCUAUCGAGUUUGGCAUCCUCAGUGCCAAGAAGGAGCCAAUCCAGCCCUCGGUACUCCGGCGGACCUACACCCCGGAUGACUACUUCAGGAAGUUCGAGCCCCAGCUCUACUCCCUCGACUCCAGCAGCGAUGACGUGGACUCUCUGACUGAUGAGGAGAUCCUGUCCAAGUACCAACUGGGCAUGCUCCACUUCAGCACACAGUAUGACCUGCUGCACAAUCACCUCACUGUCAGGGUCAUCGAGGCCCGGGACCUGCCGCCCCCCAUCGCCCAAGACGGCUCACGCCAGGACAUGGCGCACUCCAACCCCUACGUCAAGAUCUGCCUGCUGCCCGACCAGAAGAACUCUAAGCAGACGGGGGUCAAGCGCAAGACCCAGAAGCCUGUGUUUGAGGAGCGCUACACCUUCGAGAUCCCCUUCCUAGAAGCCCAGAGGAGGACCCUGCUCCUGACCGUGGUGGACUUUGAUAAGUUCUCACGCCACUGUGUCAUUGGCAAAGUGUCCGUGCCUUUGUGCGAAGUGGACCUGGUAAAGGGCGGGCACUGGUGGAAGGCGCUGAUUCCCAGCUCACAGAAUGAAGUGGAGCUAGGAGAACUGCUUCUGUCCCUGAAUUAUCUCCCAAGCGCUGGGAGGCUGAAUGUUGACAUCAUUCGAGCCAAGCAACUUCUGCAAACAGAUGUGAGCCAAGGCUCAGACCCAUUUGUGAAAAUCCAGCUGGUGCAUGGUCUCAAGCUUGUGAAAACCAAGAAGACAUCCUUCUUAAGAGGUACAAUCGACCCUUUCUACAAUGAAUCCUUCAGCUUCAAAGUCCCUCAAGAAGAACUGGAAAAUGCCAGCCUAGUGUUCACAGGUAACCAGUGCCCAGAUGAACAGUCAGGCCAUUCUCAGAAAUUCCUUCCUUCCCUACUGCUACCCCUUCCCCAAGAGAACCACUACUGGGACUUGUUUCGCCAUACAUUCAUUUUGCCUCUUUCUGACCUUUCUGCAAAUGGAGUCAUACCACUUCUUUUUUUUCUUUUGUUCAACAGUAUUUUUGUGAAUUUUUUCAUAUCACUGUAUGUAGUUGUAGAUUUUUCCAUUCACAUUUUUGAGAUAAUAUGUUAGUGUAUAACUCUACCACAGUGUAUAUGUCCAAUUUUAAAAGCAGAGUGAUUUUACCUGGACAUGGUGGUGCACGCCUGUAAUCCU